AUGUCAUUGAGGAAAUUCAUCAAACACCUUCACCCCCUCCGCAACAAACCUUCCCCAUUUCACUCUCUCUUCACCCGUUCCCUUCAAACCACAAACCAAACCCCUCAACAAGACCAACACCAAGACCCCCAAUCUCUCCUCAAACAAGACCCAAUCGAAAUCUGCACUUCUCUAUGGCUCAAAACCUUCUCUUCCCCAAAAACCACUUCCUUCCCAAACCUCACCGGUUACCUCUCCAAUUUCGAUCUCUGGGUCUUCGCUUAUCAACGCUCGUGCGCUCACGUCACCGGAACUUUCCCUCCUCGAAACGCCAUUCAUACCAACCUCCUCCGUGAAAUCCUCUCCCUUCGUAACGCCGUUAUCCGCGGUCGUUUUUCAUGGAACGACAAAACCAACCAAUUGCUCAAAACCCCAUACGACAAAACGUUUUCAAAGCCACUAUCAAAACGAAAGCUUCAAGCUUUUCUUGAAUCGAACGAGCCUUGUUUUCAAGACAGGGUUGUUCAGGAGGUUCUUUUGACUAUUCUGGAACCGGUUUUUGAACCAAAGUUUUCUCCUAAAUCACACGCUUUUCGACCGGGGAGAAAUGCGCAUACUGUUAUUCGAACCAUUCGGAGUAAUUUCGCAGGUUAUUUGUGGUUUUUGAAGGGUGAUUUGAGUGAGAUUUUUGAUAGAGUUGAUACUGAUGUUGUGAUGGGUUGUGUUGAAAAGGGUACUAGAGAUAAGAAAGUUUUGAGUUUGAUAAAAUCUGCGCUAAUGGGGCGAGUGACCCGGAUAGUAGUAGAAGGUGAGGUGUUGAGGAAAGAUAAGAAGAGGAAAGCUACUAAGAAGAGGAUUCUUAAAGAGAAUGAGCCGAAACCGGAUCCUUAUUGGUUAAGAACAUUCUUCAGUUUUGCUCCUGAGGAGGCUGCUAAGGUACCUUGUUAUGGUCAUUGUGGGAUUUUAAGUCCAUUGCUUGCUAAUGUUUGUCUUAAUGAAUUGGAUCAUAUUGUAGAAGAAAUGAUUGUUGAGUUUUUUAGGCCUUGUAAGUUUGAUUCGAUAUGGAAACAUUCGAUUGAUGAUGGAUGUCAUAACCCGGCUUGGCCCGAGUUUGUUCCGUCGAGUGGUAAUGAGAAAACUAGGAAGAUGGAUUAUAUAAGAUAUGGUGCUCAUUUUUUGAUUGGGAUUAGGGGUCCUAGAGAGGAUGCUGUUGAAAUUAGGAAGAGAAUUGUUGAGUUUUGUGAGAGUACUUUUGGGUUAAGGUUAGAUAAUUCGAAAUUGGAGAUUGAACAUAUUGCAAGAGGUAUUCAAUUCUUGGAUCAUAUAAUAUGCAGAAGAGUGAUACAUCCAACUUUGAGGUAUACAGGUUCUGGAGGUAACAUAGUGAGUGAGAAGGGUGUCGGAACUUUGCUUUCGGUUACCGCUAGCUUACAACAAUGCAUUCGUCAGUUUAGGCAGCUAGAGCUUGUUAAGGGUGACAAGGACCCUGAGCCGCUUCCGUGUAACCCUAUGUUGUAUUCAGGUCAAGCUCAUACAAACUCACAGAUGAAUAAGUUUCUUGAGACCAUGGCUGAUUGGUAUAAGUACGCCGACAAUCGGAAAAAAGUCGUUGGCUUUUGUGCCUAUGUGGUUCGCAGCUCUUUGGCUAAAUUGUAUGCUGCUAGGUAUAGGCUGAAGUCUCGUGCCAAAGUAUACGGAAUAGCUUCGCGAAACCUUAGUCGGCCACUGAGGGAGAGUACCAACAAUUCUGCUCCUGAGUAUUCAGAUCUUUUGAGGAUGGGACUGGUUGAUGCAAUUGAAGGGGUUCAGUUUUCGCAUAUGUCCUUGAUUCCAUCUUGUGAUUAUACUCCGUUCCCUAGAAACUGGAUACCCGAUCACGAGAGGGUGUUGCAUGAGUAUAUAAAACUUGAUAAUCCUAAAUUUUUCUGUGACCUGCUCAGAUAUAUUAAGCAAAAAGGCUUAAAUAUUCCCCAAGAUGAAAUUUCUCAAAUGGUAUGGGACUAUAAAACUCUCGGAGUUGGGUAUUUUCGAUCUGACAAGGAUAAAGAAGUAAAAGCUGAUUUAAAGGAGAUAACUGAGUAA